AUCCUCUUUCCCUAUAAAUAUCCAUCAUUUUUGGUCAUUUUCUACUUACCAUUUACAUCCCAAUUGCAUUCCUUGAGUCUAUUCUCCAUUAUUCUUCACUUCUUCUAAAACGCCUCAACUAUGGCUGGAGAAAAGUCGAGGACCAAAACCAGGGCUUCAAAGAAGAAGGACAACACCAACGCCACGACCUCAGCGCCUCAAGCUCCAAGCGUCCGGGCGUUCGUCUCCAAGAGUCGCUCGAGCUACAAUCACGGUCUUGUCCGGGCGUUCUACUCCAACCUCCGCCACGAAGGUGACACGAUCUACAGUAGCAUCAAUCUCUACAACAUAGAGAUUGAUUUGGCUACCUUCGCUCGCAUCUCGGGGCUGCCUACCCGAGGAGACGACAUAGUGACAUACGGAGGAGAGGAUUGGAUCGUCAACAACGAGGCCGCCGUCAUUCACGAGCUUGGGAUCACUAACCUCAUCCGCCAUAGUGGAGCUCCGACGAUCCACUCAGCUCUGCCGGAGAAGCGCCUUCUUCUCUACAUCCUCACCCAGAUUCUCCGCCCCCAGGAUAGCAGCCACACCUCGCUCUUCAACGAGGACCUGAAGGCGGUUCAAGCGAUCAUCCACGGCGUCGACAUCAAUUGGGCGAAGUUCGUCAUGAUCCACAUGGCAGAUUGCGCCUCCAUCGACACCGAGCAGAGUUUGCCCUACGCCUUCCUCGUCAUGGAUCUCAUCGUGGCCUCCGACAUCCACAUUACUGGACCGGACACCAAGAUGACGAAGAUUUGGGUCAUCCACGACGGCACCUUUUAGAAGUAGUCCGGAGACCGAGAGGGCGCAAGACCAAGUCUUGCCUCAGCCCCCGCCAAAGCCUCAUUACAAUCCAUAGCCGAUACCUUGAAUCGGCUAACUCUUACAGUGGACGACAUGGGGCGGUCAAUCGAGCGGAUAAACCAGACGGUGCAGCGCAUCACGAUAUGUGGGCCUACUUUUGUGGAGUCAACU